UUCCGCAGUAACUCUGAACGCCCUUGACUGGCUGCGGCAGUUCAAGUGGGCUGGGUCUGGGUGGUGCUGGGGCUUUCCAUAUAUUUUUCAUUGACGAGAGAAUAUACCAAAACUCCAACGUGAUACAUUGCGUACGUUUUGGGCUGCUGGAACAUUAUAUUUAUUUUAAGUUAUUUAUUUUUAUUUGUGAUUUUAUCAAUAAAGAAAAGGAUUAAAAAGACUCAAAAUAAUGGAGAUCGAAUUGCCGAAAACGUACCAGAGUCAACAGGUGGUCUGACACUGGUCCACAAAAGACCUGAGGGUUACCUCAGGUCUAGAUUCAGGUCCAGUUCCAUGUUGGGAUGAUUUCUGGGCCACAUUCUGAGGGGACGUUUCCUCUGUUUGUAGAUGAUACAUAAACCACACGUGACAAGAGAAAAGGAGUUGAGUGCCUGCAAAAAGUUGUUCUCAUGGAUUGGGAAUGUUGCAUCUUGUGUAAUGCUUUUCUUACAGGACAUGGAUUUGAUUGACAUCCUGUGGAGGCAGGACAUAGAUCUUGGCGCAGGGCGUGAAGUUUUCGAUUACAGCCACAGACAGAAGGAGUACGAGCUUGAGAAACAGAAGAAACUUGAUAAAGAGAGGCAGGAGCAGCUCCAGAAAGAGGAAGAGAAAGCCCUGCUUGCUCAGCUACAGCUGGAUGAAGAGACAGGGGAGUUUGUUCCCCGGCUAGCACAACACAUUAAACCUGAAGCUUCCCCAGUGCCCAGAGAGGCCUCACAGCAUGUUGUUAUCUCAGAAGACGACGGAGAGGCUCUGUCGUUUGAUGAAUGCAUGCAGCUCCUGGCAGAGUCGUUCCCGCUGGUAGAAGAUAUUGCGGUUUCCCCAGUUGCACUUGAGCCUUCAGUUCUAGUCCCAACUGGAAGCAGCCCGGUCCUAAUGGCUCCUCACCAGCCUCAGCAAGCUCAGACUUCUCUCCUCACGUCUCCACUGCCCGAUCACAAAUCUGCACAGGACAUUGAGCAAGCCUGGCAGGAGCUGCUUUCUAUCCCCGAGCUGCAGCAAUGCCUAAACAUGCCAGAUCUGACAGAGUUGAGCAGCUACACAAUCCCCGACAAGCCUCCAGAGAUUCAGAAUGUAAAUUAUAACUUUUACAUGUCAAAUUCAGCAGAAGCCAUGGCAAACGCAUCUGAUCCAGGCUGCCCUGGAGGAUUUCUCAACUCAUUUGAAAGCACCUUUACUAAUGUUGUUCCACCCGAGAACCUAAAUCAGAUGACUAUAAACACCUCUGAUCUGAACGCACCCUUCAGCUCCGGCAGCAUUUGUGAAAUGUUUUACCCUACUUUUAUAAACACAAACAUUAACAACAUUCCACCAACAGAUAAUGUUAACACACCGCUACCUGACCUACUGAGUGAGCCACCUCUAAAACCAAUGGAUAUCUCUGACUUUACAGUGGCUGAAGGUUUCGAGAGUAACCCACCUCAGAAUAUACCAGAAUUGCCAGAUUCUGACUCAGGCCUUUCAAUGGAUGCAAGUCCUGUUGCAUCCUCACCAGAAAACUCAAUGGAGUCUUCCAUCUAUGGAGAUGCACCUUUUGGAAACAGUGACUCCGACAUGGAAGACAUGGACAGCAGUCCUGGAAGUGUCCAGCCUGAGUUUGCAGAGAUGUUUCCAUUGUCCUACCAUGGGGAUGGUUAUCAGGCAUCACCUUAUACUGCACAGACAAACCAAACUUUCAAUCUGGAGUCAAAAACACCAAAGAAGGAACUGCCGACAAGCCCUGGCCACAUCAAACCGCCCUUCACCAAAGACAAGAGUAGAAGCCGCUUGGAGUCUCGUCUCUCGAGAGAUGAGCAGCGUGCAAAGGCGCUUCGGAUCCCUUUCCCCAUAGACAACAUUAUAAACCUUCCUGUGGAUGACUUCAAUGAAAUCAUGUCCAAGCACCAGCUCAACGAAGCCCAGCUGGCUCUGAUUCGGGAUAUACGCAGACGAGGCAAAAACAAGGUCGCGGCUCAGAACUGUCGCAAGCGGAAAAUGGAGAACAUUGUGGGUUUGGAGUACGACCUCGACAGUUUGAAAGACGAGAAGGAGAAGCAGCUGAAAGAGAAGGAGGAGAAUGACAGAAGCCUACUUCAGCUAAAGCAGCAGCUCAAUGACCUGUAUCUUGAAGUCUUCAGCAUGUUGCGUGAUGAGGACGGGAAGCCCUAUUCCCCUAGUGAAUAUUCGCUUCAGCAGACCACCGAUGGCAGCGUAUUUCUCAUUCCAAAGAGCAAAAAGACAGAACCCAAGAAUAAAGUGAAAUCGUAAUAUUUCUUGCUUACAUGGACAUUUUUUUUGUACUGCAUUACCAUAAUCUCUCUUCUGGUUUUGCUUAAAGUAAACAAAUCCUAUGCAAAUUAUAGUAUCCUUUAGCCAUUGCACUUCUAAAAGAGAAGUAUAUUUCUGCUGCAUUAAAAUAUAGUUUAUGCAUACUGUAUAUAACUAUACUGAUUUGUAAUGAAUCUACCAUAGACUUAUUUUGUACUACUAAUGCUAUGUCUUUUUUCAAAAGUAUUUUCCUUAUGGUUUGUAAAUAAUUUCUAUUCUAUCUUAUUUGCUAUUGAAAUAUUUAAUAGAUUUUUUAAGUAUCUAAUUUUAGUAUGCUAAUGAUCCUGUGUUGCAAAUCAUUGUGUGAUUUAAAACCAGAUAUUUUAUAAAUGAUUUAAAGAUUAUCAAACUGAUCGAUUUGUCAUUUUUUUUCUUACUGCUAAAUUAAACUGCUUUAAUUUUGUUGUGCUUUAUAAAAAAAAAAUUAAAAAAAGGUAAAUAAACUGUCCAUUUAGUAUAAAUAUCAGAAUUGUUCUUUGUUUGUAUGGAUUAUUCUUGUAAGCAUUUAUCUUAAAACUCAUAAAAAGCUGAAAAUUC